CGGCCCGCCCGCGGAACAGAGCCGAGAACACCUCCCCUAGCGGCGCAGAGGAAUGGCAGCGAGCUGCACACGGGGGCUGUCGUAGAGGAAGCCCUGUCGGUCCCUCUGCCGGGGCGCUCCUCUGUUUUUCUCUUGAAGAGGACAUAGGUUUGAAAGGAUAGAGGAGCACAAAACCAGACUGUCCCCUGUGAUGGCCACCCUAAUGUUAGCACUGGUUUGGGUUUGGAGUAGUCGUGUUCAGGCCAACCAGCCGUGUCCCCCCUUCUAGUGCAUCUCGGCCUCUCGCGCGCUAACAGCGAGCCUAGGGACUAUCUCAAGUCCUGCACUACAGAGUCUGGGGUGGGGGAUGUUUGUAUUUGGAGGCAUUUAAUCCCAACACCUCCAGGACAGGAUGCCUGCCAACGAAUUGGGGGGUAUCUGGAGUCCCAGGGUGAUAUCCUUGGGAUGGAGGAUGCUUGCCAGCUGUAGCACCAUACUGGCUUUUAGGACAAUUGAGUUCUGCUUGCUCAAUUGUUAUGGUUUUUGAGUUCUGCUCAAUCAAUAUGAUUUGGGACUGAUUUGGCUAAUUUGACCUGGGACAUUAUUAAAAUGUCCCCCACGCAAACUGAGCUGCGCACCAAGGACAUCGAAACAGUUUUGUGUGUGAAUGUGCCAAUGGGGGUUAAGAGCUCUAGGAGCUGCCCUGAAAUGACUGUGUAAUGAGGCCUUCAAAGGGAAGUCAUUUUGCAAACCCAGUACCCUCCUUGUCAGUGCUACCAAAAUUAAUCACACCAGCACUUUGGUAGAGUGGCCCAAAUUCACGCAUAGUGCAGUGGGGUGGCUGCAUGAGCCCUGUGCCUGCAGUGGGGUGGCUGCAUGAGCCCUGCACCUUUUGCUUCUCCGCUGCACUUUCCUAUUACAUCCAAAAUGAGACUGCAGGUUGGCAGGCCCUGUGUGCUUGCUCCACCCAGCAAACACCUGACCCCACCCUAUGCAAAUAAUAAGUAAUUAAAAUGACAUUGCUUAGCCUUACCCUGGAAAUAGCCUAGGCUCCUAUUACACAGUCAUGCAGCCAGUAAUUUGACACAUGUGGGGAGUCUGGGCCCUGUUGAAGAUCAGCCUGGAGGUAUUUCAAGUUGGGAUUUCCACACCCCAGCCCCCCAUCCUGCCUCCCAAAGAGCAGACGCACCACAAGUCAGAGGUCGCUGAAAAGUGGAUGCCUGCGCACAACUGAGGAAGGAAGUGAGAAAGCAGGAGGAGGAAUGAAGAGGAGCCCAGAUGGAGGUGGGGGCUGGACUGUAAUUAUGCAGAUACUUCAAGGGGAGGAGGAAGGCCUUGCAACUGCAGUGCGAGGGGACAAGAAGCUGGGUGCGAGGAGGAGGUGUCAGUAGCUCUGAGAUAUUCCACUUGCUCAUGCAAUUCGUUGUAAAUAAAAACCGGUGUCUAGGGGAAGGACUCUGCUUCCUGGGAGCAGAGGUUUCCAGGUAUGGAGAUGGCAUCAGCCUACAUGCCCCAAAUAGCUGUGUGCUCUUCCGUCCAGGCAGAGCACACACCAACUGCAGAUGCUUCCUCAGCCUGAUGAAGGGUAUUUGUAACCAAAAGCUCGCAAAGAAGAAUUUUUCCAACUAUUUGAUUUGCUCUAAUAAAAGAUAUCAGAUUUAUCCAAAGAACCUUGUCUGCCAAAUAAGCUGGGCACCUCUGAUCCCCAAACCUGAGACCCCACCUCAUCUAUAAGUAGGAUAUGUAUACCAUCCUCAGCUCUGUGGUCCCUGUACUUCACACCCACUGACCCAUAAGCAAUGUGGGAGGGUGGGCACUUUGGACACUGCAGCAAUCCAGGACUCCCCUUACAUUGGCUUCUGCCUGGCACAGGCCAGGGGUUGGAGUCCUGGGCCAAACCAAUCCCUUUCCCAUGCCAUGAGGUGCAUAAGGGAGUGCUGCAUGAUGGCAAAAGGCAAGAAAAUUGCACCAAGCACUAUUCAGACCUGGUGACAUUAUUCUUCUUCUACCAACUGGGGAAACUGAGGCAAUGAGAUUUGCCCACAUUCACACAGUGACCCAAUGGUGGAGAUAAAGGUAGGGAUCGGUAUGCCCUGGUACCCGAUCCCAUGCUUACGCCAUCCCAGGCAAGCCUCCAGGCAGGUCAGCAUGAAAACACAAGCCAAUAAAUGAUGCAGUUGCGAGUGGCAAAGGCUACUGCUCUGCCCCUUUAAGAGGGGAGCCCAUCCUGCCUCUCCUGGCUCUGACGAGGAAGAGUCAGCAACACUUGCUUGCGACAGAUCAGUCCAGAGCGGCGCAGCAACCUCAGAAGCAGUGGCUCAGGUGGCAGGAUGGACUCCCUUCCAGAGGCAGUGCUCAUUCGGAUCUUGGCCUUCAUCCCUGCUGUGGACCUGGUGCUGGUGUGCCGCCUGGUUUGCUGCCAGUGGAAGAACCUUGUGGAUGGAGCAGCUCUCUGGAUCCUGAAAUGCCAGCAAGAGGGCUUUGCCGAAGAGGAGCCCGCAGAGGAGGCAGAUAACUGGCAGAUGUUCUACUUCCUCAACAAGAGGAAGAGGAACUUAAUCAAGAACCCAUGUGGGGAAGAGGAUCUGGAGCACUGGGGGGAUGUGGCAAAUGGAGGUGAUGGCUGGAAGGUGGAGGAGCUCCCUGGGGACUUCGGGGAAAGCUUUCCCAGCGAUGGAGUCCACAAGUACUUCGUCACAUCUUAUGAGUGGUGCCGCAAGUCUCAGGUCAUUGACCUCCGGGCUGAGGGGUAUUGGGAGGAGCUGAUGGACACCACCCAGCCUAAAAUUGUGGUGAAGGACUGGUAUGCAGGUCGCCGCGAUGCUGGCUGCCUCUAUGAGUUCUCUGCAAAGCUGCUGUCGGAGCAUGAGGAUGUCCUGGCAGAGUACAAGAGUGAGACCAUUGCUAUUCCAGAGGACAACGAUGGCAGCUGGAAUGAGGCCUCUCACACCUUCUCUGACUACGGCCCAGGGGUCCGCUUCAUUUGCUUCGAACACGGUGGUCAGGACACUCUUUUCUGGAAAGGCUGGUAUGGGGUCCGCGUGACUAACAGCAGCGUGAUGGUGGAGCCAUAGCCUGGCCAUGGGCCCUUGGAUCAGGCUAGGUCCUGCUCACCGGAACUGACUUUCAAGCCCUCCGUGGCCUUCAUAUGGUUUCUGCAUGGUGCUGCUUCCAGAAUCAAGGCUGGCAGUCUGGGCCACGAGCAUAUAACCUGCUGUGUGUGUGUGUGUGUGUGUGUGUGUGUGUGUGGGCCACGAGCAUAUAACCUGCUGUGUGUGUGUGUGUGUGUGUGUGUGUGUGUGUGUGUGUGUGUGUGUGUGUGUGGGCCACGAGCAUAUAACCUGCUGUGUGUGUGUGUGUGUGUGUGUGUGGGCCACGAGCAUAUAACCUGCUCUGUGUGUGUGUGUGUGUGUGUGUGUGUGUGGGCCACGAGCAUAUAACCUGCUGUGUGUGUGUGUGUGUGUGUGUGUGUGUGAGAAAGAGAGGAAGUCCUGUAAGCUACUGCCUGCUGAGGCUUUGGGACACAUGUUGCUUCCAACACUAACCCCUCCUCCCCUGCCCUCCUCCGCCCUCAGCAGAUGCUCCCACCUCCAAGUCCAACCCAGUCACCUUUGGGGGGGAUGCGGCCCUCAAUUUUUUGGAAGCUUUAAAGAGUGAGAGAGAGGCCUGUAAGAUCCAGACCCAGGAAACUGUCAGUUCUUAUCCCUGCUUUGCCACUGACUCCUUCUGUGACCUGGGUCAAGUCUUUUAACCUCUCCCCUCCCAUUUAUUAAAUAGGGAUACAAGUUACCUGCUUUCCUUCAGCCUGGCAAGGGAAGUCUGCCUAAUGUGUAGCUUAGAGGGUGGACAGCCAUGCUCUAGAUAAAAGGCUUCCAGACAGCACCGUUGGCUCUGUGCUGCAGAAACAGGGGACCCCUCGAAGCCACCUCUGCCCCAAGGCUCCUCAGACUCCCCAGACCCUAGACACUCUACUAUGAGCUCUACUUGCUCCAAGGCUCUUCCUGUGCACCUGGAAAUGGCACAUCCCCCUCCACACCAAAUGCUUUUUUGCCAGAUCACGCUUAGGUGCAUCUCCUCACCUAAUACCUUGCCGAAUUGCUGAGGGCUCCAGGCCACAGCACUGGCCUUAGUCGAGCACAGCUUCUGUUGAGACGGUCUUCUGGAAGAGGGCUCCCUCCCCUGAGUAGGCUGGCUGAGUGUUGAGGGAGCAGGUGUGUGUGUGAGUGAGUGAGAGAGUGGGAGCAGUUGUGUGCACGUGUGUGUGAGUGCAUAUGUGUGUGUCUGUGUGUGCAUGUGCACAUACAUGUACACGUCCUCUUUGCUGGGCCUGCCAGGGCAGUGUACGCAGUUUAACCCCUUAGCACCAGGGCACACCAUUAUCCAGUACAACAUGCUCACUUUUUCCUUUGCAAAAAGCGAGAAUUUCUGAGCCACCCCAGCCCUGCGCCUUGCCAGGCUCUCUGCAACUGGCUAUGCCUGGAAAUGUGGCCCCACAUGCAUCCUCAGCCACUGAGAACACCCCUGUGGGUGAAGGCAAUAAACAAGGCUCUUGUGAA